UCUUGACCAGCCAACAAUCCCUACUGCUGCAGCCGCCGUCGCCGAGUGGUUCGGGAGUUGAGAGUGGAGAGCAGAUACACUGAUACCUGGUCUUAUCAGGCCCGAAAAAGCCGAGGCGAGGGCUCCACCGCCCCAAGUCAGUGCGCGGCGGGCGUCGGCGUCGAGAGCAGCGGAGCAGCGGAGCAGAGAAAAGCCGAGCGGCACCUGGUUCUGCGGCAUUUCUGUAUUUCUGGGGGCGCAAACGCAGCGCGAUCGCACACCUCCGACGACCGGAGACCGGAGCGACAGGCACUCGUCCUCGAGAGGCAGUGGGAAAUUCGUAAAUAAAACCGCCGGCGACGUGGAUUUGCAUUAAUUGCAAAGUGAAUGUGUGAAGUGAAUGUGCGAGGAGAUCGUGUGAAACAUGAGCAUAUAAUUUGACAAGCCAGCCAAACCAAAUCAUUUCGCUCGCGGCCACGAAGGCAGUAGUACAGAGCUCCCUCGAAUCCGGCAGAACCACCACCACCCCACCUAGUGACACACCUGCAACAUGAAGAGCCUGCGACAGGUCUUGUGGAUUACGCUGAUCCUCAGCUGCAGCAUCCGGGCUUCCACGGGAGCCACUGGUGACCAGGACGAAGAUGAGGAUUGUCCUUCCUUGGCGAAUGCAACGACCCUGCAGCAGACCCAACUCAUCCAGCGACUAACACAUGUCUGCCGCUACGAUCGACUAGAGAGGCCAAUCGAAUACGACCCUGUGACCUCGAAACGCCUGCCCAUCGUGGUGAAGACUCGAAUCUACGUGUACUUCCUGCAGAACCUCAACUCCGACCUGCUGCAGUUCAAAAUGCACGCCCUCCUGCAGCUGCGGUUCCAGGACAUGAGGCUGGCCUACAAGAACUACAACCGCGAGGGAAACAUCAUGGGGCAGAAGCACCUCAGCGAGCGCCUCUGGAUGCCGCACAUCUUCUUCGCCAACGAGCGGGAGUCCAGUAUCCUGGGCACGGACGAGAAGGACGUGCUCACCUCGCUCACCCCCGAGGGCAACGUGAUCAUCUCCACCCGCAUGCAGGCCAGCCUGUACUGCUGGAUGGACUUCCAGAAGUUCCCCUUUGACCAGCAGUUCUGCUCCACCAUAAUCGAGAGCUGGAUGUACAACACCUCCGACUUGGUGCUGGAAUGGGAGCAGGACAAGCCCAUCUCCUUCGACCCCGACAUGAGGAUCACCGAGUACAACAUGGCCGCCUAUUAUCACAACACCACGCUGGUGGAGGCAGAUGGCAUUAACCUGCGCCAUGGAGCAUUCACUGGCACGUACAGCUCGCUGAGCUUCACGGUCAAUCUGAAGCGAGAAAUCGGCUUCUACCUGCUGGACUACUAUCUGCCCUCCAUGAUGAUCGUGGCCAUAUCCUGGGUGUCCUUCUGGCUCCAGGCGGAUGCCUCUCCGCCGCGCAUUAUGCUGGGAACCAGCACCAUGUUGUCGUUCAUCACGCUCUCCUCGACGCAAAGCAAGAACCUGCCCAAGGUGAGCUACAUAAAGGUGUCGGAGGUGUGGUUCCUGGGCUGCACCUUCUUCAUCUUCGGCAGCCUGGUGGAGUUCGCCUUCGUCAACACGAUUUGGCGCCGCAAGGAGAACAUUGAGUUGAAGAAGGUCAACAGCAAGUACAUCAUAAAGUCGACUCUGACCCCUCGACCUGCUCGACGUCAGAUCGGCGGAAGUUUGAGCAACGAUUCCAGGGCAAGGUCCUGCUCCAGUUUGGACAACAUUGUGUCCAGCACGGAGAGCGUUCGCAACGGCAAUGGCACUGUGAACCCGGCAUUCAACAACUACUUAACAGUACAUCCCAACUUACCCAUCAUCAAGACCGAGUGCGCCGACACCGCCUCCAUCUGCAGUGACCGGACGAGCAACGACCACAUCGUGGAUGUGGACAAGGACAAGAAGGACACGCCGCCCACUUUCACCACCAUGACCCCGCAGGAAAUCGCCAUGUGGAUCGAUCGGCGGUCCCGAUUCCUCUUCCCAGCCAUGUUUCUGGCCUUCAACGCCUUGUACUGGACCUUUGUCUACGUUUUGUGAGCGGAGGUAGCCGCCCUUUAUGUGAAAUCUUGUCUAUUUGUGUAGUCCUGCUCGCGCAAAUAAUUGUUAAAUUGUAAGAUGCAUCAUCUCAUAGUUGUACAAAUGUUAACCUUAAAUAAAGCCAACAAAUAUUUAUCCUAAA